AUGUAUUGUGCUCAUCCUGUCUCAGGAGCAGGCGGCAACCCGCUUAUGUACUGCUACAACAUGAAGCCGAUUUAUGGGCAGUCCGAUAACGACGACAGUGACCAGAACUCAUCUUUACAUCUGUCCAGUAAGGCCUCCAGCAAUGUGUUUGCCAGUACCUUUUUUGAGGGCACCGGCAAUUUGCCCGACAUCUGGAGCGCAGUAAAUGGGCUGAACCAGCACAGCUAUGAAGGUGCGCUGGGAGCGUGCGGUGGCCACCAAACACAGGCGGGGAACUACGGCGGUCUGCCGCCGACGCACUGCAACCUGGACUAUUCUGCACACACUGUGAUGGCAACAGACUUGAACAGGGCUCUCCCUCCCAUGUCCACUUUUCACCGCAACAAUGCAUCAUCACACCAGCCAUCGAUUAACCCGGCAGACAGUUCUACAGCCUCAGGGAGCCGCACAACCCUGUCUGGAGGGUCGCAGACCGGCGAUACGUUGGGCAAAGCUCUGGCUUCUAUUUAUUCCCCUGAUCACACCAGCAGCAGCUUCCCUUCCAGCUCGUCCACGCCUGUGAGAUCCCCGUCUCCUCUGGCCAAUGCCAGCGAAUCCGCAGGAACCAAUAUGUGGAACCGCAGCUCGGUGCAGACACCUGUGUCGCCACAUUAUGAAUCCUCACUUAUAUCCAUGUCUCAGGUAGAGGACCGACUGGACAGAUUGGAUGACGUGAUCCAUGUUUUAAGGAACCACGCUGUCGGUCCCAUGCCUGCCCUGCCCGCUGACAUACACGGCCUGCUGAACCAGAACCACCACCACAACAGACCCACACCCGCUGGCGUCCUUACCUCCCACACCCCAACUAUGGUUGAGGCUGUCACCAUGAAUAACAACCACUCAGGCUUCCAGGGCCGCACACAAAACGGGCACCCGUACUCUUCCAGACAAGGCAUCGCACCGGAGCCCGUUCCGGGAGAAUGCAGAGGGAGUUUGGGAAUUUCGGAGAAUACGGAACUCAAGACUGAAAGCAGCGAGAGGGAAGACAUGAUGCACACGGGUAACAGCUCCGACAGUCAGAAAUCAGAUGAGGAGAACGAAUUCAAGAUGCACGGAGACAACAGCAACAGAGACAGCAUCCACGAGGACGAAGAUCUGAGUCCGGAGCAGAAGGCGGAGCGUGAGCGCGAGAGGAGGAUGGCCAAUAACGCGCGGGAGCGUCUACGUGUGCGCGACAUCAACGAGGCCUUCAAAGAGCUGGGCCACAUGUGUCAGCUGCACCUGAAAAGCGAGAAACCGCAGACCAAGUUGCUGGUGCUGCACCAGGCCGUGGCCGUCAUCCUCAGCCUGGAGCAACAAGUCAGAGAAAGGAACCUCAACCCGAAAACAGCUUGUCUGCGGAGAAGAGAAGAAGAGAAAGUGUCUGCCGUCAUGACGGACCCGCAGUCUAUGCAUGUCGCGUUUCAUCCCAGUCUGACCGACCCUGUCAACCCGAUAGGCCAUCUCUGA